AUGCCCUUCACCGAGAGACAACUGCAGGCCCUGCACAUCACUGAGCGGGUGAGCUCGACUAUCUCCCUCGCCGGCUGCCUCUUCGUCGUCUUCACCUUCAUCGCCAGCCGCCGCUUCAGGACGCCCGUUAACCGCCUCAUCUUCUUCGCAACCUGGGGGAACAUACUCGGCAUCUGCGCCACAGCAACCUCGAGAUCUGGCAUCGUUGCGGGCGAGGACAGCUCCCUCUGUCAGUGGCAGGCCACCUUCAUUCAAUGGUUCCAUGUCGCUGAUGCUUUCUGGGCGUUUUGCAUGGCAUGCAAUGUUUACUUGACUCUGUUCCAUCGAUAUAGCACCGCAGAGUUACGGAAGCUGGAGUGGAAGUACAUUAUCAUAUGCUACGUGCUUCCCUUCAUACCGGCUUUUGCCUUCCUCUUCAUCAAGAGCGAGGAUAAAGGGAAGGUUUACGGUGACGCAACACUUUGGUGUUGGAUUAGGCCUGAGUGGUCGGUUCUCCGAAUCGGCGGCGUUUACGGGCCGAUCUGGACUAUAAUCUUGAUCACUCUCGGCAUAUACAUAUACAGUGCCAGGUUCAUUCUUGCCAGUCGCAGAGACAUCAAACGUCUGCGCAACAUCAGUCUUACCUUGUCGGGAGCUGACUCGACCACUGCUGGUGUGACGGAGGUUUCCAGCUACGUCGAGCGUGAUACCAGCCCUGAUCACCAGCAGUAUACCCAACAAAAUAGUAAACAUACAGACCAGCAAAAUAAACAACAGCAGCAAACAUAUUAUCUAGAAAGCUGGCCAGAACCCGAACUUCGACCGGAUCAUUUGGGAGAUGACCUUGAACCGGCCUACUUCCCUCCAGGUACACCUAGACAUACCACUCAUGGCCCUGAACUUCAAGGAGUACACGACGUGAUAGACAUCGAACAUGCAGCGGAGAGCAGCCACAACCUUCCCGAAAGACGUGGCUCAGCCGGUGUUCACCAUCGCAUGCGCAAGGCCUCAUGGGAACGACAGAGUGCUGCAUGGGCCUACUCGAAGUUUGCGCUCCUCUUCUUCUGCUCCUUACUUGUCACCUGGGUACCUGCAACAAUAAACCGUGUCUACUCAUUCGCACAACCGCAUAAACCAAGCAACGUCUUAACUUACGCUGCUUCCCUUGUUCUCCCCCUGGCUGCCCGCCAAGGUCGCUGUCUACGCUGCUGUCUCAUCAUCUGCCAUAUCCUCAUAUAUCUCUUCAUUCCGACACAACCCCCACUUACUCUACAAUUGGUUUGA